AUGAGAGUAGAGGGCAUCGACAUGCACACCAGUGCAGUGGACAGAAAGUGUCAACAACUGGAAGUAGACAUUAGCGACCUGCGUAAAGAGCAGAUGUCUCUGAAUGUCUUACUUGAGCAGAGUGAAAGGAGUAGUAAGGAGCUGAGGACAAUGAUGGAGGUCACGCAGAGAGGGCGCAAAUGUGAUGAGGUGACAGAUAGACAGAAAUUGCAGACCAAACUGAACCAGGUCAACAGCAUUCUAAGGACUGAACAGGCCUCUCGGGAGGAAAAGCCAUUCUGGAUGGAACAGAGGAUCUCAGAGCUGGAGAAAGAAGUGGUCCGGAGACAAUCCAGCGAACAGGAAUGCCUCAGCCGCCUGAAUUUCACUAAUACAGAACUGGAAAAGUACAAGAUCAAGUACUCUGAAGAGCGACACAAGCGCUUGUGGUUGUAA